GUGUGUUUUCAUUCACUUUGCUCUCACGCUACUUUUUAAACCAAGGUUUUGGUGUCAGUCAUUGAGACUUUUGAUUGACUGGCCUAGACUCCUUUGGCAUAAAAAGGAAACUUGACGGAACGAAAUCUAAUUGUUGACCUGAAGCGUCCGCUGACUAGACACAAUGUGGAGACUCGCUUUCAUUCUAUGCCUUCCAGUUGUGGUCAUUUGCCAAGUGGACAUUACUGCGUUGGGAAAUCUAGAAUUUAACAGGCUGGACAUUGACCAAGAUGGUAAUGUAGAGCCAUUGGAAACACAGCAAUACUUUGAACGUUUUGAUGCCAACCAUGACAACAGAAUCUCAAGGCAAGAGUACGCCAAGGAAGUGGAGACUCACCAUGAAAACAAUCUUCAAGCUCACUCCAUCCUCCUGAGGCUCUUUGACGCCCUAGAUUUUGACAACGACAACCACAUCGACGGCCCUGAUUACUCUGACCUCUUCAUAGCUGCCGAUAUCAACAACAACCGACUGGUCAGCCAGCAGGAGUUCCUUAGAUAUUUUUACGAUUUGACUGGAAUCGACCCAAUUGGCAAAUAAAACAAGAAUCUAUAGUGAAGACACUAUUUAUAUAUAUUUUUUAAUACAUGUUGAAUAAAAAUAAAAAAAAUAACAUUU